GAACGGUACCUAUUAUCGAACGCUCGCGAGGCCUGCGAGGGUAAGGAAGUAUACGGCUGAAAACGGAGGUGGACAAAGGUAUGCGGACCCCCUCCGCACGGUUUUUUUUUCGUCGGUCUUUUCUCUUUAGGUAAGUCGUUUUAUAUGGGCAGCUAUUACUUACUUUAUUGCCCCACCAGGAGUGCUGGGUAUGCCGCGCAAGAGGUGCUCGUUCGCCAGGAAGCGCUCGAGGUCUGCACCCGCCCGUCUUCCUCGUUCGGUGUGGUGGCUGGACCCUCAUUCUCGCAAGAACAGCAGCGUCGUUUUCAGGUCGGCUAUGAGGAAGAUUUUGAUGUUGCUGGAGAUCCUGACUACGUCUCUUGGCUUCGAAUUAACCACCCCCCAAACAAGUGCAUCAUCAGGCAAAUCGCUCCUCCAUCACUUUUCAGAUGUCACUCCUGUCGCAGAGAUUGCUGUUGACUCUCCCCCUCCUGACACAGAUAACAGCACAAAAAACACUCCAUCAACGUCGGCACUCUCAAAGUUCCUGACCCCUCCUCUAGCGUCAACUCCCACUGGUCGAAAAGGAGAGCCACCUCGGGCUCGUUUAUUAACAAGUUGUGCUGCUUUUGAGAUAUUGAAGGGGAAAGAGAGAAAAAAGCAAGAGGAAGCAGAGAUAAAAGAGAAAAAGAAGAAGGAGAGGGAGGAAACAAAGAAAAGGAAGGAAGAAGAACAAAGGAAAAAGGCGGAGGAGCGAGCAAGAAAGCAGGAACAAAAACUGAAGGAGAAAGCUGAAAAGGAAGCACAAAAAGCUAAAAAAAGGGAAGGGAAAGCAACCCGCAGGUGUUGGAACGAAGAGAAGCCAAAACGCUCGUAGUACCAGACCAGCAAAAUGUCCCCGGAAAACUGCAAACCCCUCUACUCAGAUCAACGACAGUGAAUGUUGUGUGUGCUACAUUUCCUACGACGACGAUCAAUCAGGAAACGAUGCGCAUGUGGACGAUGGCUGCAUGAGGACUGCGCAGAUGACUGUGUCACAGAUAGUGAUGGGAAUGAGCAUCUCUGCUUUAUUUGCCUCAAUAACCUUUCUACCUGACGUUUUUUUGUUUCAGUUUUUGUAUUGCACAAACACUCCUUGGAAAGUUAGUCAUUUGGUGAAUAUUUCCCGAGUUUGCGCGUUUACAACUACCGGAUUGAAUAGCGCCCGUGUAGCUGCAUAUAUGAUGCAUGUUUAGGUGCAGUAGCGGCACAUAACUGAACAAUGCCUGUGCUGUAGGUGGGGUUUUUCCCCAGCGUUCGAUAUUUCGCUAUGCGCAAAUGUACGCACGUUCGGCGGUCGGUACCGGUGUUCGAUAAAUGGUCCGUGACAUUGACAUAUAACGGAGGAGAGCGCUCUAAAUGGAAAACCGUUAGUGGGCUGGACCUUUGCGAGUCUAGUAGAGCAUAGAAUGGGGUUUGCGACGGUACAGGAACCGAAUUCCGGAGGCGUUUCUGGACGGAGCUACAAGCGCCGGUACACAAGUCGUUCGAUAAUUGGCUCCGUACGCUCCCCAUGGCUAAACCUUCAUUCUCCAGAAUUCAAGCAAACAAGGGCAUUCUACAGUGGGUAGAGUACUCCAACCACAGAAUGCGGAAAGUUUUUAGAGCAAGCGGAAACACACCUACAAUAUUGUCGCAGGCGAAUGCCAUCCAGUAUACUGUAACUCUCAGUCCACGUCCGACACCAAGACAAGCAACUACCAACCAGCUCUGACCAUAAAUCCAAACAGAAGAUGGCCAGGCAACUACAGCUCUCAACCUCUCACUCUCGCAGAGCACUACAAACUGCUGCUCGACUCCAGCCAUUUGUCUUGUCUGGAGUGACUCAGACUGGAAGGAAGCUCGGGGAGGGAUCCUAUGGAUGUGUGGAGGAAUUGAAGGUCAAUGGACUCGUUUGCGCCGGUAAGAGAAUGUUCGAUGUUCUAGUCAACUCUGAAAACGAAGGGGCCGACCGCAUGAUCGAGAAAUACUACGAGGAGUGUCAGCUUCUGUCGAGUCUCCGUCAUCCCAACAUUGUCCAGUUCCUGGGCAUCUGUUUCCUGGAGACCCAGUCUGCCUCCACUGUCAACCUCCCUGUUCUGGUCAUGGAGAUGCUGCAGGGAAGUCUGGACCACCUCCUGGAGAGCACUCCCGACAUUCCCCCCGCCAAGAAGGUCUCCAUCCUGCAAGACGUGGCCAGGGGGCUUGUCUACCUCCACAGCCGCAGUCCAGCCGUCAUCCACCGAGAUCUGACAGCUAGGAACGUCCUGCUCAACUCGGCAAUGGUGGCCAAGAUAGCCGACAUGGGUAACUCGCGGAUGGUGGACAUGCAACCAGGCCAGGCAAGGACCAUGACGCGAGGAGUGCCUGGUACUGCAGUGUACAUGCCUCCAGAGGCCUUUGAACUGCCUCCCAAGUAUGGGCCACAGUUGGACAUGUUCUCGUUUGGUCACCUGGCCCUGUUUACGGCAAUCCAGCAGUUCCCCGGAGACCUUCUACCCUCCACCUACCAAGACCCACGCUCGCGUCGACUGGUGCCACGAAAUGAGGUGGAGCGACGCAGCAGGUACAUGGAGAGUGUUGGAAGGAUCCUGGGCAGGUCUCACGAGCUGGUACAGCUGAUCAGUCAGUGUCUGGACUUUGCUCCAAUGACAAGACCCACAGCCUCAGAGGCCAUGGACAGACUCCAACACAUCAGCUCCAGUAUCCACGAUGUCUACCACUCCAUGACACGUCUUCAACUGGAGAAGGCUCUUGCUCAGUCUAGGAAAGAUUCAACAGAGUUCGUGUUAAUGCAAUGUCUGGAGACACGGGAGAGUAAACUACUGCUAGAACUGAAGACGGUGAAUGGAGCCUUAGAGAAGCAGCUGAAAGUUGUUACAGGAGAAAAUAACGUGAAAGUUGCUGGAUUGAAUUACAAUAGAAAAAGGGGAGGAGUUGAGGGAAACAAAACAGAAGUCAUGAUCCUGGUAUCAGUAGGUGAUGAGUAUCCAGCUGAUUUGGUGGUCAGUAAAAGAAUCAAAAAUCCAUCUCUUGCUGAAAAGGCCACAAAAAUGUUUGGUUCUCUCCCAGUCAUAGUACCAGGUCUACAUGAAGAAGCUGCUGCAGAUCUGAUGGCUGCUGCUAGCACUCAACUUAAAAGUCCUAACUUGUCGGUGGUCCAGAUACUCGUUGAUGUUCCAAUGAUGCAGAGAUCGAAGCAGUACUACCUCAAGAAGAUCGAGACAUUCUUUCAGAAUUGCAAGGAACAAGCUGCUAUUCUGCACUAUCUGGGCAACAGUGAGAAAACCACAGGGAACUGGUGUUUCAAAGAUGGAACCAUCAGCUUCCAAGAGAUCUUCAACAUCAGGGCUUCCUCUGUAAAGGUUCUUAACAUUAUGUCAGACUGCAGCUACUCAGGGCAGUGGGUGAGGGAGUGUGCAAGGACACUAGACAGUCUCCACAUCCCUCCAUGCGGACACAGAGCCAGGGAGAAUGGGGCAAUGAUCAAAGUAUUUGCAAUGUGUCAGCCAGACCAAGAGGCAGCAGAGCCUUGCUACUCCACAGAGGGAGUGAUCGUCACACCCGAUAGAUUAAUACUGUUAAGUUCGAUGAAACUCACUCAUCAAAAGCCAAUAUGGUUCAACAGCACAAAGUUGGUUUGCUGCAGAGGCCCAGACUCUCCAUGUCCCAAGGCUACAUUCCAACACCUGACAUGGGAGAAUGCAGUGGACAGGUCCACCAACGUACAACUGGUUAAGAGAAGAGAGGGGCAAAGGGAUAUGUGGUACUACCUAAUACUGCAUCGAGCAGGAGACGUCUAUCGUGAGGAGUUCCAGUCUCGCCACAGGAGAGAUCCCAGUCUACGACUCAGUGACUGGGGCUACAUACUGGAGUCUGGGGAGGGACGUAAUCCCCCACAAGAAGUUAAGGAGAAGGUUUUGAAUUGGACUUAUAUGUGAGCGACUAAAAACCUUCAUUAACUUACAUACAGUGGUAUACUAUGAAAGUACAUACUAUGAGUGUGUUUAUUGUUCAAAAGUCUCAUGGUA